AUGCCGAACUAUGUCAAGUUCUUAAAAGACAUUUUGACGAAGAAAAGGAGGUUGGGGGAGUUUGAAACUGUAGCUCUUACCGAAGGAUGCAGCGCCAUGUUGAAAAGUAAGAUUCCACCGAAGUUGAAGGAUCCGGGUAGUUUUACAAUCCCUUGUUCUAUUGGGGGGCGGGAUGUUGGAAGAGCUUUAUGUGAUUUGGGUGCAAGCAUCAACCUCAUGCCUAUGUCGAUCUUUAAGAAGUUGGGUAUUGGUGAAGCACGUCCUACAACUGUUACAUUGCAACUUGCUGACAGGUCCAUGGCCCAUCCGGAUGGAAAAAUAGAAGAUGUUCUAGUACAGGUUGACAAGUUCAUUUUUCCAGCUGAUUUCAUCAUCCUAGACUAUGAAGCUGAUAGAGAUGUGCCUAUUAUCUUGGGUCGACCGUUCCUUGCUACCGGGAGAACUCUGAUUGAUGUGCAAAAUGGGGAGCUCACAAUGAGGGUGAAUGAUCAAAAAGUCACCUUUAAUGUGUUCAAUGCUAUGAGAUUUCCGGAUGAGAUAGAAGAGUGCUCCCGCAUAAGUGUAAUUGACUCGAUAGUGGCUGAAAAAUUUCACAAGGAAGCUUGGAAGGAUGAGAAAUUUAUAAGUUCUUUUGAUGAGCUUGAAGACUUGAGUGAAGAUGAAGACAACCAAGUUGCUUGGGUGGAGCCAUUGCAACCUAUUCCUAACUUCAAGAAGCCCUUUGAAUCUUUGGAGUUGAAGGAAAGUAAUUUUAAGCCUCCAAAACCCUCCAUCCAAGAACCACCGAAGUUGGAGUUGAAACCCUUGCCAAGCCAUCUGAAGUAUGCCUAUUUGGGGGACAAUGACACGCUACCAGUUAUUAUAGCAUCAAACUUGGUAGUUGAAAAUGAAGGUGCUUUGCUAGAGGUGUUGAAAAAGCAUAAGAAAGCAAUCGGGUGGACUAUGGCGGACAUAAGGGGUAUUAGUCCCACGAUUUGCACGCACAAGAUACUUUUAGAAGCUGGUUGUAGCAAUUCUGUUGAGCAUCAGCGAAGAUUGAAUCCCGUCAUGAAAGAAGUGGUGCGAAAAGAAGUGAUCAAGUGGCUAGAUUAUGGUAUUGUGUACCCAAUUUCGGAUAGCUCAUGGGUUAGUCCUGUUCAAUGUGUGCCCAAGAAAGGACGAGUCACGGUGGUGGCUAAUGCAAACAAUGAGUUGAUUCCUACUCGAACCGUGACCGGUUGGAGGGUGUGUAUGGACUACCGGAAGCUAAACAAUGCUACUCGGAAGGAUCAUUUCCCGCUGCCAUUUAUUGACCAAAUGUUGGAUCGUUUGGCGGGAAAAGAGUUUUAUUGCUUUCUUGAUGGAUAUUCGGGUUACAAUCAGAUUUCUAUAGCACCGGAAGAUCAAGAGAAAACCACCUUCACUUGUCCAUAUGGUACCUUUGCCUUUAGGAGGAUGCCAUUUGGAUUGUGCAAUGCUCCCGCGACUUUCCAAAGGUGUAUGAUGGCUAUUUUCUCGGAUAUGGCUGAAAGUAUUUUGGAGAUAUUCAUGGAUGACUUCUCUAUCUACGGGGAUUCAUUUGGGGUGUGUUUGGAGAAUUUGGAAAGAGUGUUAGCAAGAUGUGAAGAAACCAACUUGGUGCUUAAUUGGGAGAAAUGCCACUUCAUGGUUCAAGAGGGUAUUGUGUUGGGUCACAAGGUGUCUAGCAAGGGGAUAGAAGUUGACAAGGCAAAGCUAGAAGUGAUUGAGAAGUUACCAGCCCCUACCACGGUGAAAGGCAUAAGAAGCUUCCUUGGACACGCGGGUUUCUAUAGGCGCUUCAUUAAAGACUUUUCUAAGGUGUCCAAACCCUUGUGUAACUUGCUGGAACAAAAUAGACCAUUUGAGUUUACCGCUGAAUGUAAUGAAGCAUUUUUGAAGUUGAAGACAGCUCUUGUUACGGCCCCGUGA